GAAAGGCGAGUGAAAUCAAAACCCGGUGCCAAACAUCCGACACCAUCCGUAACGACAGCACCGGGUGUUGAGUGCAGCGACUCGUCAGUGGACUCGUCGACGACGACAUCCACCAGUGAUAAGAUAGCGGUUUACGACCACUACAUAGAUAUUACCGACACAUUCCCCGACAUCAAUAUCAUAGACAUCUACAAAGAGAUGAGUAGUUCCCUAGACUAUGUCUGCAACAGCAGCCCUACCGACAGUUUACUAGACUAUGACAGCAGUCCAACCGGUGGUACUCCCGAACCCGACCUAUCAGUGGUGCCGCUCAGCCCUACCUUAAGCACGACAUGCGGUCCGCUAUUCAACCAAUUAGAGGCCAAUAGACUGAGCGAGUUAUUGAACGCGGCGCUAGUGUUUAGUACCAAUAGAGCUGGUAGUAAUAAUCCCGUUCCCGACCCCACCCGUCGUCGGGUAUCGUUGGCCCUGACCUACGAUGACGUGUACAAAGUGAUGGGUCACGCGCUGGAGGCAAAGGUUAUCAGUUGCGUACAAUUGUGUCAACAAUUAUCCCCAUUUGGCGACAUUUGCGAUAACGAUAGGAUCUCGUUAAUAAAGUACGGCUGUUAUGACAUGUUUUGCGCAAGGGCACUUACCGUGUACGACCGUGAUCGCGACUAUUGGACGCAUUCUAUGGAUAAUGAUGAAUCGUGUAUAGUUACCCUGAAACAAGUGUUCCCGCAUUUACGGGAACGUUACGGGCAUUUAUUUCAAACACUUUGCCGGGAAGUAGACUCGGACUCCGUUGUACUCGAUCUGUUAACGGUAAUUAUAUUGUUCAACUCGGAUCGGCCUAUGCUAGUGCACCGAGAUUUAGUAAAAUUUCAGCAAAACAUUUACAUGUAUUUAUUAAGACGUUAUCUACUAUUGAAAUACAGCACUGAAUGUGAGGCCGAAUACAAAUACCAGACACUAAUGAAAUGUUUGCGGGAAUUAAAUGUGUUGGGAGUAAAACACAGGGAAUAUAUCGAGUUUACUGAUGCCCGCAAAAUACGCCAAACCCUAUUGGUUGAGAUAUUUGAUUUGAAACCCUCUAUCACAGAAUAAUGUGUUAUUUGAAAUUUAUUAAUCAUGAUCAUUUAUAAUUGUUAUAAUUGCAGUACCCAAA